AUGCCUUGGACAUUGUGCAUAAUUUCCUUAUUGUUGGCCAUAGUAAAUGGGCUUGCAAGAGAAGGCAUUUUGACUUAUCUCCAGAGUCCAUCACUGAAAUUACCAAUAAUUGAAGAAUGUGAGGGAUCCCCAAGACCUGUUAAAAAACGCAAGUUUGACUUGCCCUUAGAAGAAAGCUACACUUUAAAUCCCAUAUCUGUGCAAAAUGCAGUGUCCACUACAUUAACAUUGCCAACAGAAACACAGCAUCAGCAGCAGGCUUAUAUUCUUGUUCAUCAGGAACUGCUUACUGUAGACAACAGCCAGUUGUAUGGACUUGUACCAUCUGCCUCCUCCACAUGUGGACGGUUACCUAAUGUUGAGUCAUGGGCAAUCUAUUCUACUCCUCCUGCUGCUUGUCCUGACCCUCAAACUAUAAUGCAUACAUCUGUUCCUCAGGAUGGCUGCAGUGUUGUUCAGGUGGGUGAAAUUCCCCUCGCUGUGACACCCAUUAAAAUGGAUGACUGCAAAGAAGAGGCACAGACUAAUGCAGACACUAGGAAAAAUAUUCCGGAAAAACUGGUCCAGACUUCUGUAUCCUCUACUUUUCCAAUGCAGUUUGUAAAUGUGAAUGGAAAUGUGCAUAUUCCCAUCACUGUCCAAGCAGGAGGAAGGACUUAUGCCCCCAUUAAAUACUGGGAUCCUCAGACAUUGCAGCCCCAACUUUUGCAGCAACCUGUUCCAGAGCAACCUGUUCCAGUACAGAUGGACUGGGACCUGCCAUCCUCCUCUCUCAAACCUGAAGAAGGAGCACAUGUUUGGAAGGUGUGGGCUCAAGUGAAGAAUGAAGAGUUGCUUAAGGAAGCAGGAAACCGCCCAGCAGGACCUGGAAGACGAAAACCGAUGCAGUUCAGAGAAGAUGUCCUUUCAGUUUCAAUAGCAGAACUGAAUUAUGGACUGUGCUUGAUGACCAAAGAAGCCAGAAAGUCGGAUGGUUCCCCUUUUGAAGCAGAUACUUUGUAUUAUUUAUUUCUUUGUAUACAGAAGUAUAUGUUCGACAAUGACAGAAUUGAUAAUGUUUUUGCUGAUCUUUAUUAUUCAAAGUUCUUGGAAAAGCUUCAUGACAUGUUAAAGAACUGGGUACCAACAGUGAGCCCUCUUGGUUAUGUAAUUCCUUAUUAA